UCGUACGCUUGAAAUACCCAUCGUCCUCGCUCCAUUUUAUCAGUCAUGCAAAUUAAAGUUCUCAAAACCUAUUCCAAAAAGAUUUCCAAUUCCCUCUUCUCUAUUUGAUCAAAGAUCGAUCUAGAAACUAAACCCAGUUCCUAAAGAUCUUCAGUUUCCCGUUCUUCCUCUGAUCAAACACCAAAACCCAGUAAUUCUCUCAGGCUUUGAAUCCCAAAUGGGUCUCUCAAUCGACGAUUCAAGAUCAAAAUCUCACCGCCGCACCCACCAAGUCUUCCUCUUAGCCAACUACGUGCUGAUAGGCGGCGCCACCAGCUGCGCUUUCCUCGCCCUCGCCCUCCGCCUCGUCCCCUCCCUCUGCGGCGCGUUCUUCAUCCUCCUCCACGCCCUCACCGUCGCCGGCGCAGUCUCCGGCUGCUGCGCCGCGGCCGCCUCCGCCAAGUCGUCCGGGCGGUGGUACGGGGCGCACAUGGUGGCCACGGUGCUCACCGCCAUCUUCCAGGGGGCCGUGUCGGUGCUCAUCUUCACCCGCACCUCCGACUUCUUGACGGAGCUCAAGUCCUACGUUAGGGAGGACGACGGAGCUCUGAUCUUGAAAUUGGCCGGAGGGUUGUGCGCCAUGAUCUUUUGCUUGGAGUGGGUGGUUUUGCUUUUGGCUUUUGUGUUGAGAUACCAUGCCUUUGUGGGGGGAAAUAAUGAUAGUGGGGCAAGAAAUGCAACUAUUAGAAGUAGUGCCAAAGUUCAAGAUGAGGACUUGAAGGAUUGGCCAUGGCCUUUCCAAGUCUAACUCCAGGCUCGGGAGAAUGAGAGCCAUGAACUGUUACAGUUAUUGAUAUUUCAAAUCUAACUCCGGGUCCAAGAGAAAGAUAAAAAGAGUCUAUCGUUCCAAUCACGUCAAGCGAUGAGUAUUUUAAUGGAUGGAUAUAAAAAUUUAUGAGAGCAAUGAACUGUUACUGUUACUUUUACUGAUAUUUCAAAUGGACCUGAAAUAUCAUAUCAUAUCUUUAUAUUUUGAUUAUGGCACCCCUAAGUACAAAUUAUAUAUAUUUGUGCUUUGAUGGUUUUGAAUAUGUUGUUGGUAUUUGUUAAGUUUGUAUAUGGAGUAAUAUCAUAUUAUUCCAUUCAUUUUGGUUUGGCCCUUUGGAGGUGUAGAGGGUCAUUUGACCUUUUCUUUGUGUGUAUAAGAAUUAUUAUUCCCUUACCCAUAAUGUAGGGAUUGUCAAUGAAAUCGUUAUAUUUUCAAA